GCAGGUGACGUCACCCGCCGCGGGCCGUACUAAGGCUGGGGCUGGGUCCGGCGUCGGAGCCAUUACUGCCGGAAAAGGUCCUGCAGAGCCGAGCAGCCGAGAUGUGUGACUUCACCGAGGACCAGACCGCAGAAUUCAAGGAGGCGUUCCAGCUGUUUGACCGAACAGGUGAUGGCAAAAUCCUGUACAGCCAAUGUGGGGACGUGAUGAGGGCCUUGGGCCAGAACCCUACCAACGCCGAGGUGCUCAAGGUCCUGGGGAACCCCAAGAGUGAUGAGAUGAAUGUGAAGGUGCUGGACUUCGAGCACUUCCUGCCCAUGCUGCAGACUGUGGCCAAGAACAAGGACCAGGGAACCUAUGAGGAUUAUGUUGAAGGCCUUCGUGUGUUUGACAAGGAAGGGAACGGCACCGUCAUGGGUGCUGAAAUCCGUCACGUCCUUGUCACACUGGGAGAGAAGAUGACGGAGGAGGAAGUAGAGAUGCUGGUGGCGGGGCAUGAGGACAGCAACGGCUGUAUCAACUACGAAGGUAAGGGAUGGAUCGUGAACUGGAGUCUUUGAGGAGGAAACGGUCUUUCAGGGCACGUUAAGGACAGCACCUGAAGUGUUUUAUGCCUAGACUUGGCUCCAAAAGGGAGCCAGGAGUCAGGGGCAAGGCCCAGUCCAGCCUGGGAGGGGGCUGUCGGGGUUAACAGUAACGGAAGGGGUGAUGGAGUGUCACGGGUGGGUCAGGAAUGGGAAGUAAACAGAAUGUCUGUCCCCCACUGCCUGACCCCGCCACCCCAUGUCUGUGUCUUGUCUUCACC